AUGCCCGAGCUAGGAAGUACCCGUGCCAUAGCAUUGCGCAGGUUUCUUAAUCUUGAAAAGAAGUUACAAGCUGACCCAUAUCUCCGUGUGAAAUACAUUGAUUUCAUGGCAGAUUAUCAGAAGCUGGGUCACAUGUCCCCAUGCCACUCGAGUACUUUUGCUCAUAAACCUCACUUCUAUAUCCCUCAUCAUGGCAUCUUCAAGUCGGGAUCAGACAAGCUACGCACUGUUUUUGAUGGUAGCUGUAAAAGCUCAAAUGGUGUCAGCCUAAAUGAUUGUUUACACACUGGUCCAGCUCUUCAACAGGACAUUGUCGAUAUUAUCUUGUCGUUUAGAACUCAUCCCGUAGUUUUCAGCACUGACAUUUGUAUGAUGUUCAGAAACAUACUCAUACAUCCCGAUCAGAGGCGUUACCAGCUCAUUCUCUGGCGCUCUUCGCCAGAUCAGCCCCUGCUUACAUAUGCCUUAAACACUGUUACAUACGGGUUAAGAUCAAGCCCAUAUCAUGCUAUACGCACUUUAAUCCAAUUAGCGGAUGAUGAAGGUCAUCGCUAUCCUGCAGCUGCUCAAGUGCUGCGCAAGUCCAUAUUCGUCGAUGAUAUUCUCACUGGUCACGAUUCUGUAGUAAAGGCUCAAGCUCUCCAAAACGACUUGAUUAACUUACUAGCCUUAGGUGGUUUUCAGCUCAGUAAAUGGACCUCAAACUGCCCUCAGCUUCUUGAAAGAUUUCCCGAUGAUCAGUGUGACAUGCCCAAGGACUUUGACAUUAGCCCAGACUCCAACUCCAUAAAAGUAUUAGGUAUACAGUGGAUUCCUCAAUCGGAUGAGUUAACUUAUCGUAUUUCUCUCCCCUCAAUAAAACAAAUUACCAAACGCUCAAUCCUCAGCACAGUCGCCUCUCUUUAUGACCCUAACGGUUGGGUUACUCCUGUUAUCUUCCGCGCAAAGCUUCUCCUACAGAAGCUGUGA